AUGCCUCAUCACCAUUAUCCACCAGUUCCACCAUGUCCAGUGGAUGAUCACGAGCGCGUGAGGUAUGAUCGAGAGCCGAAGGCCCGUUUCCCUGAAAAAGAAGAGGAUCCAGUGGCACAUUGGGUGAAGGACCAACAGAAAAUAGGAGCUCAUCCAAACGACGAUCGAGAAGCCGUCACGCCAACAACUCCUCCGAAUCCGAGUCUCCAGAAUCAACCCACGGUCAUAAGAGGCGACGACGGAGUCGAACCCGAUGCUCCGAGUCCGAGUUCACCGAGACAACCGACCGAUGGGAUAGAGCCGAAAAAGUCAGAAGAAGCAAAC